AGCCACGCGGGCCCAGGAACGCUCUCUUAGUUGGGUUUCUAAGAGUCGGCUCCGUCGCGUGCAGCCAGUGCGCCUGAUUGGAUCGUGCUCUCUGCACAACAAUCUACACUCUCGGUCCGACACUCUCGAUCGGAACGUGCCCCUUUUCUUGCGACCCGCGCCUCCCGCUCGCCAUGCGAUCGAUCAGCCCGAGCCCCCUCGCAUGCGGGGCGGUGUGCGCCCUGACCGCCCUCGCCUGGAGCGCGGCCUCCGCGCUCGCCGCCCGCGGCGCGCUCCCCGGCAGCCAGCACGGCGACGUCCUCGUCCUCCUGGUCUGCGCCGCGGCCUACCUCGUCGGCACCGCCGGCCCGGCCGACCGCCAGAGGCCGCGCGCCGCGCGCGCCGCCGAGCCCGCGGGCGCGGAGGAGGUCCUGGAGCGCUUCGGCGAGCUGGUGCAGCGCGGGUGCCUGCCCGACCGAGUGGCCCUGAACCGGGCGCUGGAUGCCUGCUCGAAGCUCGGCAGGGUCGCCCAGGC